AUGGAGGCGGAACUGCAGGCUCAGAUUCCUGGUCUCGACAAGGUGAUCUCUGAGUAUUCGGUUGGAUACUUGACCCAUGCGUCGAACGCCUAUGUUGAAGAUGCAAAUGCUCCGUCUCCGGUGGCAGAAGCCGCUCAUAUGGUUACGGAACUGCUUGUCUCUGCCUCUGGAGAUUUCUCCGACCAGAAUGAAGAGGCGAUUCGCAACCUUGUAGAGAAGUUUAUUUCAUCUCUCAGCACUUCUGAUAACGUCGACCCUGAGCGCAGACAGAUGCCCUUUGCCGCUAAGAAACUUGACCAGGCCAUCAAUGUCGGCUCCCAACGGAAUAUGUCCUCAACGUUAGGUCUGGCUGGAGGAAAUGUCGAUCUCGAAUCUGUUGGCACUCGGAAGAUGGAAUCUCGCGUUGAUCGUAAGAAGUUGGAGAAGGCCGAACGUAAGAUCCGCGCCAAACAGGAGAAGAAGCAGAUGAAAACCGUGCAGUACGAAGCAUCCCGUCUGCUUAAUGAGCCUGAUGCUGCUAUGUCUUACGAAGAGUUCUUUAUGGCUGUUAACCCUCUCCAACUGGGUUCGGACUCUCAAGCAAAGAGCAAGGAUAUCAAACUUGACGGUAUCGAUAUCACAGUUGGUGGCAACCGCAUUCUCACAGAAGCUGCCCUCACACUGGCGUAUGGUCGUCGCUAUGGUCUUGUUGGUCAGAACGGUAUUGGUAAGAGUACACUGCUUCGCGCACUGAGCCGUAGAGAAGUGGCCGUUCCAAGCCAUAUUUCGAUUCUUCAUGUCGAACAAGAAAUAACGGGUGAUGAUACACCUGCUAUUCAAGCUGUGUUAGAUGCAGAUGUGUGGCGCAAGCGUCUUCUUGCUGACCAGGAUAAAAUUACCAAACAACUUACGGCCCUUGAAACGGAAAGAUCUUCCAUGGCGGAUACCUCUACCGAUGCUGCUAGGCUCGACCAUGAAAGGGAGGGCCUCGACAUUACGUUGAAUGAUAUUCACUCAAAACUUGCAGAGAUGGAGUCGGAUAAGGCUGAAUCCCGAGCAGCCAGUAUUUUGGCUGGUCUUGGUUUCUCUCCUGAGCGCCAGCAGUACGCAACAAAGACCUUCUCUGGUGGUUGGCGUAUGCGUUUGGCUCUGGCGCGUGCUUUGUUUUGUGAACCCGAUUUGCUCCUUCUGGAUGAACCUUCCAACAUGUUGGAUGUGCCGUCUAUUACUUUCUUGUCGAACUAUCUGCAAGGAUACCCUAGCACGGUUCUUGUGGUUUCUCACGACAGAGCAUUCUUGAACGAAGUCGCUACUGAUAUUGUUCAUCAACAUUCUGAGCGGCUAGACUACUACAAGGGUGCUAACUUUGACUCCUUUUAUGCGACGAAGGAGGAGAGAAAGAAGCAAGCCAAACGCGAAUAUGAGAAACAAAUGGCUGAACGGGCGCAUUUGCAAGCCUUCAUUGACAAAUUCCGUUAUAAUGCUGCAAAGUCGUCUGAGGCACAAUCAAGAAUUAAGAAGCUAGAGAAGAUGCCUGUUUUGACAGCACCGGAGAGUGACUAUGUUGUGCAUUUCAAAUUCCCUGAGGUUGAGAAGCUUUCCCCCCCAAUUGUGCAAAUGACGGAAGUUACCUUCGGUUACUCAAAGGACAACCUUUUGCUGAAGAAUGUUGACCUCGAUGUUCAACUCGACUCUCGUAUUGGAAUCGUCGGGCCCAACGGUGCUGGUAAGACAACAGUGUUAAAGUUGCUCACUGGUGCGCUUGAGCCCACUUCCGGUCUUAUGUCGCAGCACGCAAGGUUGCGAAUCGGAUACUUUGCGCAGCAUCACGUAGAUGCAUUGGAUAUGACAACAAGUGCCGUGAGUUUCAUGGCCAAAGCAUACCCUGGAAAGACAGAUGAAGAGUAUCGCCGACACCUUGGAGCGUUCGGUAUUACCGGUAUGACUGGUCUCCAGCGCAUGGAGUUACUUUCUGGAGGUCAAAAAUCCCGUGUCGCUUUCGCCUGCCUGUCAUUGACGAAUCCACACAUCCUUGUUCUUGAUGAACCUUCUAACCACUUGGAUAUUGAGGGUAUGGAUGCACUUUCAGAAGCACUGCAAAACUUCGAAGGAGGUGUUGUGAUGGUAUCACACGACGUGACAAUGCUACGGAAUGUUUGCACCAGCUUAUGGGUCUGCGACAAGGGUACGGUACAGAAGUUCGAUGGCACAGUCGAUGCGUACAAGAAGAAGAUCAGCGCUCAAGCGAACGAGGCUGGAGUAGCAGCGGCUCAGUAG